AUGAACUGUUGUCGUGAUAGUCAGUUGGUGUCAAUCCAGGCUCGGAAUGCAUUAGCUGGUCCGUCGCGCUUUUUCGCAAACAGUCUCAGUAUACGAUAUGUCAGCUGGGUGAGAGGUACGCGGUCAAGUCGAAUUUAUUUUUCCCACUUGUAUUUUACGUUAUGUGGCCGUAAAAACACCAUUAAGUACCGGCCACCCCUUCCUUUCACUUUGUGGCCGUUCUAUUGUCAGCUUUUAUCUACCCUUUCCCCCUGUGCAUUUCUCUUGUCAGAGCAUAUUCAUUCCGUGGGUCGUGUUCUUGGUGAUCGGAGUGUUCUGUACAAAUAUCUCAACCCGAAUCUGAUUGCUGUGGUCACUGCUGGCGGGGAUGUGUCGGCCCAAACAAACAGCAUCGCGGUUUACCUGAUCGAUGUGGUCGCUGGUCGCAUAUUGUACAGUGCCUCUCAUCGACGUUGUAGCGAACCGGUCAGUCUUGUUCAUUCGGAAAACUGGAUUGUGGUAAGCAAUCAAUCUUUGUGGUUCCGUACCUACUUUUCCUCACUAUACCGGUCCACCGAUUCCGGUGGAAUAUGCGAAUCAACUGGGGCUCAUUCGCUCAUCCCACAGGUGUUGCAACAAUCUUACAUCUUUAGCACUGCACCCACACACGGAGCGGCGGCUGCAUCGCUGACUGAACGGGGAAUCACAUCCAAAAGUGUUAUUUGUAAGUCAUCGAUCGAUCACAUGGAAGAAGGUGUCCAUCCCUAUGCACCCGUACUACCUUUGUCGGACCAAGCUGUGAUUUCUUACAAUCAAACAGUGCUUGGUGUACGUGCCAUUCGCACCGCUCCCACAGGCCUUGAAUCGACCAGUCUAGUGUUCGCAUACGGACUGGGUGAGUUUUUUGUCCUUUUUGCGCGCAUUGUUCCUUUGACCGAGGAUUUUGACUAUACGGCUAUUGCAACCGUCACUUUGGGCAUGAUUGUCGCAUCGGUGGUCACUCAACGUCUAGCCGCUCGGCGUGCCGUCAUGCGCGCGUGGUCAUGA